CUCUUCCCCUAAAACCUCCUCCUCAGUCCUCUCUCCUGCUGCCACGAGGUACGGCCCAGCUCUUCCUCAAAGCGGGCGAAAUCCACGCCGCGCGGCGGCGGCGGCAGAGGAGGAGGGGGGAUGAUGGGGUGCCUCUUCGCCUGCUUCCGCGCGUCCGGCGGCGAUGGCGAGGUGAAGGGCACCGGCGGCCAGCUCGCGCAUCCGUCCCAGCCCCCCGCGACGACGACGACGACCAGCCACCAGGUCCAGGAUGGCGCGGGCAGGAGGGCCAGGCCGCCGUCGAGGAACGCGCUCUCCGCCGUGUUCCAGCGAGAAGAUGAGGGAUCAAGGACGGCGCAAGUGGCGAGCUCGUGGGCGGACGAGAGUGGCGAGAGGAAGGAGAUGGAUCAGGAGCUUGUGCAUCAGGCCAUUAUCCAAAGAAGCUGUGGUGCGUUGCUGCAAACUACAAAUAACAUUCAAGGAGCGCUCAUCAAAUAUGCUGAUUCAGUUCAUCAGAAGGAAACACAUUCAGGAUGUCUUCCUGUUGUGUCUGAUGAUCUACAUUUCAUGGAAGCGCCGAAGGUUGAGAAAUGUGAAACUCCUUCAAGGUCUCAUCAGAGUUUCACUGUUCCAGAUGCAACGAGUUCUUCAAAAACAAACGAUGAGUUGCAGACUUCCGCUACUUCCCUUGCAAAUAAUGUGAAAGAUUCGAUGAAUGAGAACAACAUGGAGGCACUUGUGCAGGAUGAAGAGCAACACCAAGCUCUGGAUCUUGAAGAAUGUGGGGUCUCAAAAGAAGAAUCCUUUCACCCUGAAAAAACAGAGGAACCAAAGUGCGCAAAGAAUCACCAUGUGGUCUCCAUGGAAAUUUCAAUAUCUGAUGAAUGCUCCCUUUUCCAGAGCUCUGAGGGUUCUGUACCAUCUUCUUACAAGAUAAGAGAGAGCAUGAACACAACAUCUGUGGAGAAGUCCCCGAAAACUGAGGCAACUAUCCAUGCCACCAGAAAGAAGUUACCGAAGAGCGAUAAUUCAGAACUGGAGCUCCCAAGCUUAGCCCAAUGGUUGAAGCCCCCAAAUCCUAAGAAGACAUUCAGAGAUGAGGCCAUGGCAGGAGACAGGUCUCAUUCGGGUAAGAGUUCAGAUGAGGAUAGGCCUAUUAUUGGAAUGGUUGCAGCACAUUGGAAAGAUAAGGUGCCACUGCCAGCAAAUUUUACCUCUAAAUUGCGGGAUGGAAAUGGCAUUCCCAAUUCAACAAAUAAGUACAAAGAAGACCAAAAGGUGAGUUGGCAUGCAACGCCAUUUGAGGAGAGGCUCGAGAAGGCUUUAUCCGAAGAGAAGUUGCUGUCUGAAAGGAGCUGUUCGAGUGGAAAGACGUCUCAGUUUUUAGGAGUGGAAGGCGAGGAGAGUGACAUGGCCGAAUCUAACCGUCUGUACACCACUGCUUAUGCAUGCCAAUUCAGUUCUGCUAGCCAUGAGCCACAGAAGCUUUCAGUAUAAUGGUUCUCUGGCCAUCACCUUCCUGAUUGAUGGCAUUUGCACAGCCCUGUUUCCCCUCUGUCCUUUUAGUAGGUAGUAUCUGGAUGUGAUGUUUCAGCUUGUGCUUAACUCAAUCAGUUAAGAUAUAAUAUUACUGCU